UUUUGAGGCUCCAGUUUCCAGCUAACAUAGCAGCGAGCUGCAGCGGAGCGGAGGCGCGGAAGAAUAUAUACAUAUAUUUUUUUUUUUUUUUUACCAGGUGGUCUUACUGUUUUCAUUUCAGUUUUGGAUACCGAGAAGGUUGCUCUCACGUCGCUUAAAGAAGAAAGGAAAAAAGGGGGAAAAAACGGGUUAUCCGUUUUUUUUGGUAUCAGAUUUGGAAGUAGUUCGGACUGACAGCUCGGCAUCACGAUGGCUACCCAGUCUGAUCUUAUGGAGCUGGACAUGGCGAUGGAGCAGGACCGGAAGGCUGCAGUGAGCCACUGGCAGCAGCAGUCCUACCUGGAUUCAGGUAUCCACUCUGGAGCCACCACCACAGCGCCCUCACUCUCUGGCAAGGGGAACCCAGAGGAUGAGGACCUGGACAACCAGGUGCUGUACGAGUGGGAGCAGGGAUUCGGCCAGCCCUUCACACCGGAGCAGGUGGCAGACAUGGACGGUCAGUACGCCAUGACUCGUGCCCAGCGCGUCCGUGCCGCCAUGUUUCCCGAGACCCUGGACGAGGGCAUGCAGAUCCCCACCACCCAGUUUGAUUCCGCUAACCCCACCAACGUGCAGCGGCUGGCCGAGCCGUCCCAGAUGCUCAAACACGCCGUGGUGAACCUCAUCAACUACCAGGAUGAUGCUGAACUCGCCACCAGGGCUAUUCCAGAGCUCACCAAGCUCCUCAAUGAUGAAGACCAGGUGGUGGUAAAUAAGGCGUCCGUCAUGGUGCAUCAGCUGUCAAAGAAAGAGGCUUCGCGGCACGCUAUCAUGCGCUCCCCUCAGAUGGUGUCGGCCAUCGUGAGGACCAUGCAGAACACGGCCGACGUGGAGACGGCACGCUGCACUGCCGGCACACUGCACAACCUCUCCCACCACCGGGAGGGCCUUCUCGCCAUCUUCAAAUCUGGCGGCAUCCCUGCUCUCGUCAAGAUGCUUGGAUCUCCAGUGGACAGCGUGCUGUUCUAUGCCAUCACCACCCUGCACAACCUCCUCCUGCACCAGGAGGGAGCUAAAAUGGCCGUCCGUCUGGCCAGCGGCCUGCAGAAGAUGGUCGCUCUGCUGAACAAGACCAACGUUAAAUUCCUCGCCAUCACCACAGACUGCCUACAGAUCCUGGCCUACGGCAACCAGGAAAGCAAGUUGAUCAUCUUGGCAAGUGGAGGCCCUCAGGCGCUGGUGAACAUCAUGAGGACCUACACAUACGAGAAGCUGCUGUGGACCACCAGCCGUGUGCUCAAAGUGCUGUCUGUUUGCUCCAGCAACAAACCUGCCAUUGUGGAGGCUGGAGGCAUGCAGGCUCUUGGACUUCACCUGACCGACCCCAGCCAACGACUGGUACAGAACUGCCUCUGGACCCUCAGAAACCUGUCAGAUGCUGCCACGAAGCAGGUACAUAUAUACACAUACAGCAAACAAAGCAUGUUGUUUCAUCUUUCAUUCUCUAUCAUCAUUGUUAACUUGCCUUUCAUUUUUUGCCCACUACAGGAGGGUAUGGAAGGCCUGCUCGGCACCCUGGUCCAGCUGCUCGGCUCGGACGACAUCAACGUGGUGACGUGUGCCGCCGGCAUCCUGUCCAACCUCACCUGCAACAACUACAAGAACAAAAUGAUGGUGUGUCAGGUCGGUGGCAUCGAGUCGCUUGUACGCACCGUGUUGAGAGCCGGAGACCGCGAGGACAUCACCGAACCGGCCGUGUGUGCCCUCCGCCAUCUCACUUCCAGACACCAGGAUGCUGAAAUGGCCCAGAAUGCUGUGCGUCUGCACUACGGCCUUCCAGUGGUGGUCAAACUUCUGCACCCACCCUCACACUGGCCUCUUAUUAAGGCCACAGUUGGUCUGAUCCGUAACCUGGCACUAUGUCCAGCCAAUCAUGCACCACUGCGUGAGCAGGGUGCCAUCCCCCGAUUAGUCCAGCUGCUCGUGAGGGCACACCAGGACACCCAGAGACGCACCUCAAUGGGAGGCACACAGCAACAGUUUGUGGAGGGAGUUCGAAUGGAGGAGAUUGUAGAGGGCUGCACCGGCGCGCUCCACAUCCUGGCCAGAGACGUGCACAACAGGAUUGUUAUCCGAGGGCUCAACACCAUCCCUCUGUUUGUUCAGUUGCUGUACUCUCCGAUCGAAAACAUCCAGCGUGUGGCUGCUGGUGUCCUUUGUGAACUGGCACAGGACAAGGAAGCGGCCGAGGCCAUCGAAGCAGAGGGAGCCACAGCACCCCUUACUGAACUGCUGCACUCCAGGAACGAGGGAGUGGCCACGUAUGCGGCAGCUGUGCUGUUCCGCAUGUCUGAGGACAAACCUCAGGACUACAAGAAGCGUCUGUCUGUGGAGCUGACCAGCUCUCUCUUCAGAACAGAGCCCAUGGCCUGGAACGAGACUGGGGAUAUGGGUCUGGAUAUGGGAGCUCAAGGAGAGCCUGUUGGAUACAGACCAGAUGACCCAAGCUUCCGGUCCUUCCACGCAGGCUAUGCCCAGGACAGUCUGGGCAUGGAUGGCAUGCUGGAACAUGAGCUCACCGGCCACCAUCCCGGAGCAGAGUACCCAGUGGAGGGGCUUCCUGACCUCGGCCACAGCCACGACCUGAUGGACGGCCUUCCUCCCACAGACUCCAAUCAGCUGGCCUGGUUCGACACGGACCUCUAAACACAUUCUCACACACACACACACAGUCUGCAAGUAGAGAAGCUGUAUUGCGUGAAUGAAUCUGCAUUGUGAUUUUUGCCUAAAGAGUCACGGAAGGGUUGCGGCGGGUGGGCGAGCAUAUCGGAAAGUGCCUGACACAAUGCAUACACACACACACACACACACACACACACACAGUGCAUACACACACAUGUACAUGUACACACCUGUUGGAGAUGAGAGGGAGUUUUCUACGAGGAACAAGAGGAAGGGAAGCCAACCCCCCCCCUUUUUUUUGUUGUUGUUGUUCUUGUUGUUCUUGUUGUGUUUUAUUAUUCUGGACUUUAUUUUUUUCCACUUGGCCGUGAUGGAGGAAGGAAAGUCGAGAGGGGAUUUUGGGAGUGGUUGCUCUUUUAACAGUGAAGAAGGAAGGUCUAAAGAUGGAGCUGUAAACCUUUUUAGCUUUGUUUUUAUUUCACUUUCCUUUUUUAAAACUUUUUUUUUUUUUUUUUUUUAAAAAAGAUGAUCAGUCUAUGGUACUGACCUAGCUUGGUUUUGACUUCUAGUAUGUAUUCCUUGUUAUUAUUUUAUUUUUAUUUUUUUUUUCCACAGUAAUUUGUAUUUCCUUUUUAAUGUCUUCUGUAGUGUCGUCGUAGUGGACUUGCCUCAUUUCGGUUUCUCGAUCUUUCUCACGUAAAACGGUGUCGAACACUAAUAAUCGGUUUCUAUGUAAUCUGACUGAAAGUGUAACGAUGUGUAGCUUUUUUUUUUUAUACGAUCAGCUGUUAAACCUUGGAGUAUUGGGGUGGGAGAAAUAUAUGCAUUCUUAUUAAAGACGUUAAAAAAAAAAGUAUGCCUGGAGAGGCACUUUUCAGUGUCACAAUUGUUCCAUAUGAGGUGUGGGGGGUGGAGAGGGGGGGCACGGACUUGACAAAGAUUUUUUUUUUCUUCUUUCUUUUCUAUGCUAUCUCGAGGUAGUCUCUCUAUUGAAGCGACGUCGUUGUUUUUGUUUGCCUGUGCGGCUUCUUUUGGGAACAUGGAUAAUGACAUAGCUAAACAAUAAAAGACUUUUAUUCCACUGUG